CGGUAGGCUUUACAUGCCGAACCACAACACCCCGUGAGGAAAAUGUAAUACAUGGCAAAUGCUGAACAUUGCAAGAGGGUUGUGUUUUUUUAACCUGCCAUGUGUGGUUCAUGUUAUAGUAAGAGUUAGCUAUCAGAAGUCGACAUGAUGAACAGGUGGCAGUAGAAAUUCAUUUUCUGGAAAGAUGUUCGCCAAGCCGUUUCGUGUCAAAUCCAACACGGUGGUCAAAGGCUCAGACAGGAGAAAGCUGAAAGCUGACGUAUCGGCAGCCUUUCCCUCUCUGUCCGCAGACGAGCUGUCAGAGCUGGUCCCCAACAAGGAGGACCUGAAUGUUGUGAAGAUUUAUGCACACAAGGGAGAUGCCGUUACGCUCUAUGUUCUUCAUAAAAAUCCUGUCUUCUUUGAAUUGGAGAAACGGCUUUAUCCCACAGUGUAUAUGCUUUGGCGUUACCCCUCUGUCCUGCCAGCAUUUACAACAUGGCCUCCUGUGCUUCAGAAGUUGAUAGGCGGGGCAGAUCUCAUGUUGCCGGGAGUGGUGGUGCCUGCAAGUGGCCUCCCAGAGGUGAAGCAGGGAGACUACUGUGCUGUUACUGUGGUGAACAACAGAGCUCCUGUGGCAGUCGGCACCGCUGCGAUGUCAAGCGCAGAGAUGAACAGUGUGGGCAUGAAAGGGAGAGGGGUGUGUGUCCUCCACACAUACAUGGAUUAUCUGUGGGCAUUUGGAGAUAAGUCUGGUCCCCCUUCUUUGGCGGAUGCAGACAGUGAAGAGCUAGAGAUGAAUGGUGAGCAAUGUAAUGUAGAGGAGAGAGAGGAGGAUGAGAAGGGUGCAGAAGAGGAGCCAUGUCCCGGUGCAGAUCAGAUCACAGAUGAAGCCUGUCCUGGGAUUGAGGAGCUGAGUCUGGCUGAGCCUGAGGAGCAGAAGGUAGAGCAAAGCAACAUGGAGGAGGAGGAAAACCAGGAUGAUCAGAAAACGCCACAAGAGAUGAUGGAUGCCCUGCUGCUGCAGUGUUUUCUCCAUGCUCUCAAGAGCAAGGUGAAGAAGUCAGAGCUCCCCCUGCUGACCAGCACAUUUCUCCGCAACCACAUGUUCUCCUGCUGCCCGAGCGGAAAACAACUUGAUAUCAAGAAAUCCAGCUAUAAAAAGCUGUCCAAGUUCCUGCAGAGCAUGCAGCAGCAGCAUAACCUCGUCCAGGUGAAAGAACUGAGCAAGGGAGUGGAGAGCAUUGUAGAAGUGGACUGGAAAAAUCCAGAACUGCGUUCCUUCCACACUCCUGAGGAGGCUGGAGGAGAAGCAGCUCCAGCGCAGGAUGGAGGGGAAGGAGAAAAACCAUACCAUCCUCCUGAGAUCACAACUCUGUACUCUGUGUCUGCGCGGCUGGAGCCCCUCUUUCUAGACACAAACAAGAGGAAAGGAACAAUACUCCAGCCUACUGAAGUGAGAAGUCUUAUCACAGAGUAUGUCAAGAAAAACGAACUGGUGGAUCAAACAAAUAAAAAUUACGUCAUGAUAAACCCAACUCUGUGCGACUGCCUGUUGGAGAAAUCAGAGUAUCAGGAAGUAAAUGUUCUCAAGUGGGACGAUCUCUUCAGCAGGACUCUUGGAAGAAUGCAAGAGUGUUGCCAAGUUGUGUUCCCCGGCCAAGCACCCGUGAUAAAGAAGGGACACAUUGAGCCCAUAGACAUCUCUGUGGCUUCUAGAGGCUCCAACAAGAAGGUGACUCUAAUAAAAAACCUGGAGGUUUAUGGCUUGGAUCCCACAGCUGUGUCCACCGCCCUGCAGCACAGAGUCCAGGCCAGCUCGGUGCUGCAGCCGCUGCCCGGAGCCAAGGACAAAGUCCUGGUCCAGAUUCAAGGCAACCAGAUUCAACAAGUCGGCAAUUUGCUACUAGAUCAUUAUAAAAUUCCCCGCAAGUACAUCCAAGGACUAGACAAAGCUCCAAAGGGCGGCAAGAAGAAAUAACGUCUCGACAUACUGUACCAUGCCAUCUGCAGUUUGGAGAACCUCUCAGCUGUGUGUAAAAAGACAGCAGCAAGCUGUUUGUCAUUCAUGCAAUAAAGCUGACUGAACCUUCAU